CGAGAAAGCAAAUCAUUGGAAACAUCUAGGUUGUUUACAAAUGGCGGAAAGGGAAAGAUUAUCGUAAAUCUAAACAAAAUUGACGAUUUAAUGCAUUUCUGGAAAAAAUAAUGUAGUUGGGUUGAUCUUUUUGGUUUUCCACCAUGUCUUUAAGAACAAGAAUCAAGGGUUUUACAGCAUGGGUGAACCUGCGCCUUAUGCCCUACGACCAUUUACUAAACAAUGUUAUAAUGGAUCUGCUAACAGGAACACACAUGAAAUAUCUCGUGGAGAGCAUUACUGGCUAUGAUAUCAAAAGACUGGAGAGCUUUGAUGACCUGUCACAGCAGCAGAAACAAACCAGGGUAGACUGGAUAGUGGAUGAGCUGAAGAAAGCAUCUGUUUUGCCGUCAGAUGUUCAUGUGGACACUCGGCUGUUUGCCAUGAGAAGUGCUGACCAGGUUUUUGACCUGCUGUGGAGACUGAUCAGUCAUGACAUCUGGUUUGUGUGGGAGAGGGCUGAGUACCUCCAGCAGUUGGACGAGGAUGUUCUUUGUCAGGUCCCCUUCAAGUGGACACCCGAGCCGCCGCCGGUUAAAAAGAAGAAGAAGCAGCAGAAGAAAUCUCUGCUCUCUGGUUUUGGAGGAGCAGGGUCUCAGGAUGAACUAGAUGAGGAAGAUUUGGCUGACUGGAUCAAGUGGCCAAAUGCUGACUAUGUCAAAAACUUCAAAAAGAAGAAAAGGGAUUUUGGAGAUUAUCCCAGCCCUGAUGACUGUAUACUGGAGAUGGUUAACUAUCAACUUAAGACUGUCAAGGAUGGGAAAAACCUGAAUUGUCAUUCCAUAGAUGACCUUGUAGAUAGCCGAGUGCUGUGUGCUCUAGUCAACUCCUUUGUACCUAACACAUUUACCUCUGACCUGCUCCUGAAUGAUCGGUGGACAAUUAUCUUGGCACUGAAGACUGCAGAGAGAAUGUUUUAUGCUGACACACCAUUUGAUUCAGAAGAUUUGGUUGAGGCAGACCCAAUGGCAGUGUGUUCAUACUUUUGUUUUUUCUUUAUGAUGGCCUACAAAUUUCGUCAAUGUCGAGCUGUUGUCAACAGAUUUGAAUUUAUUGGCAUGCUCAUCAGAGAGGCCCAGCAUGAGAUAGACAAGUUUGCACCAAUAGUGGCUAACAUGCAGGAACUACAGAGGAGGAAAGAACUCAAGAAUGAGAUUGAAAUGCACAGACAAGCCCAGGAUAAAAUAAAGAAGAAGUUUGAUGUAGAUUAUUGUAAAAAAUGGAUGCAGCAUAUUGAACAUGCCAAGAGUGAGGUUCGACGCUCUAUUAGAGACAAAAUGAGAAGCCGAUUUGAUAUUAUUACGAUUCCUAGGAAUAUCACCGUCAAUGACCUGUGUUUGUCUUUUGUCAUCAAUCUGAGUUUGACAAAUGGCUCUGGGUUUUAUGAAGUAACAUCAAAAGAAGUUUGGACGGAGGGGAGGAAAAUCGUCAUCAAAAACAAAGAGACGGGGGAGUUUACUGAUGACUUCAGUGGGGUCAACAAAGGACCAAGUGUAAAAGAGCUGCUGAAGCUACCAGAUGCUGGGGUAAUUGAGAUUAUGCCUGGAGAUCACCCAGAGUAUGAGAUUUUCCUGGAGGCACCAAGUCGUAACAAACAAUUGAAGGCAGGGAUCAAGUUUCUGUACCAGGUGUUCCCUGGGAACACGGGAUCCUGGCAGCGUCUAUUUAUCAAAUCCGCGAGGGAUAACGAGUUUGAGACCGUGGAGAAGAUGAUCAUUUUCUUUCAGAGUCAUCCACAGUUCAUCAAUGCUAAGGAGCCUAAAUCAGGAAACACUGCACUACACUGGGCCUGCAGGAAUGGACAUUUUGAAAUAGCCAGGCUGUUGAUGGAGAAUGGUGCCAAUAUUGAUAGUAAAAACAUUCUGAAAAACACCCCACUGAAUGCUGGGAUUGAGGGCCUACAGAGAAAAAUAUGUCAUUAUCUAAUAGAAUGGGGAUGUGAUGUUCACUUUAAAAACACCAAAAAUCUGACACCAUUUGAGACAGUAAAAAAUGAUGAAUUUAAGAGAUACCUGAUAGAACUGUAUGAAUUCUACUCGGCUGUUGUUCCUAGGAUUAUGAGUGGAGACAUGAAGUUAAUGGACCGUGUCAUUAAAGACCAUGCUACUGGAGUCAAGGAACUCUGUUGUCUGCGGAGCAGAUGCAUAAAUGGUAGCACCUUGCUCCAUACUGCUGCCUACUAUGGACAUAAAAAUGCCAUCCGGGAACUUCUGAGGCUGAGGAUGGACAUUAAUGUACGAGAUUACAAGGGAGCUACUCCAUUACACAGAUCCAAAAACACAGAAAUCAUGGAGCUGCUACUAGAUGCAGGGGCCCUGGUUGAUGCUGAGGAUGUAGAAGGGAACACCCCCCUUCACGUCAAGUGUUAUGGAGAGAGUGGCAAGCCAUCAGACAUGACUAGUAUAGAACUUCUGCUGAACAAAAAUGCCAGUCUCAGUAAAAGGAACUCUAGGGGUCUUUUACCAAUUCAUUGCUGUGCCAUGCAGGGUCGUAUUGAUGUGAUGCGAAUGAUGAUGCGAUAUGACCAUGAUGGAUUCAUGGCUAAAGCCAUCGCAGGAGAGGAGUCCAACAAACCUCCUCCUAGCCUGCUUAACCUCGCCAUCGCUAACGACUUCACAGAAUGUGCACAGUGGCUUUUGGCAAAUGGGUUUUACUUCAAGGAGAAGGAACAGGACAUACUGAUGAGAAGAAUUCUGACAGAACAAAUCAUACUAAAAGACAGUCAGGAUGCAGUGAAGUUUUUGUUGGACAAUGGAGCAGAUGUAAACCCCAGAUACUAUCCAGGAAACAACUCAGCUCUUCACUAUGCUGCCAGUUUGAGUGGAGAGGCAGACAUUUUAGAGUUACUACUGAAGUAUGAUGCCUCAGUGGAUUCCAUUAAUGAUGAGGGGGAGACACCAUUGUUUUUUGCCACCAAGUCCAAUAACCAGUUUGCUGCUUCUACUCUCAUAGACCGCAAAACUAACUACAGGCAUAAAAAUAAUAUGGGUCAGACUGCCUUUGAUUACAUAAUAGAUUAUGAUGAAUGGAUUGAAUGUGGAUAUUUUGAUGAUGAAAUCAAAGCAAGACUAAAAGCAUACAAUCUGAAGCACUCAAGAGAUCUAGUCAGAGCCAUAUCUAAAAAGGUAAAAACCAUUCCGUACCACCCUCUGCGACCUAGAUAUCCCUCCAGUUUGGGGACGUCACUGACUCCCUCAGCCUCCCCACUUCCCCUGACCCCCACCAUCAUGCCGUCCUCCUCCCAUCUGACUGCUGAAACAUUUGAUAGAGUCAGUGGUAUACUCCCAGCUAUAAAUAGACGGACCUCUGUUGCUGUGGGUUACUUAAUGAACAACCAAACUCUUUGAGGAACUGUGGGACUUUACAAAAUCACCUCUAUUAUUAUUUAUAUUCUCAUUUUUCUGGAAUAAUAGUAUAUAAUGUGUUGGUUUUUUUGUUUUUUCACAUAUAAAAUGAGUAAGAUGAAAUUUUUGAGUUAUUUAUGAAUGUGAAAACCUUUUUCUUUUUGAAUGGUCAUUUCAAGAAACACUUUGUUCAUGUAUUGAUGAGUGCAUGUUGUUGCUGGACAGCUUGUUACUAGGUUUAUAAACAUAUGUAUGCAAGAAAAUAAUGUAAUUUAUGUAUACAACUUCAUUUUGUGUGUAUGUUUGCUACAGUUUGAGAUUUAGUUGUCAUUCUGUACAUUAUUCAUCACUGAAGUAGACAGUUUAUCCUAUGUUUUGUACUAUAUACUAACAGAAUCUCUCCCUUUAGUCCCACUUUUUUGAUAUUUUGUUGGAAUAAUAUCACAAAAAGCUAUAUUUCUUUUAUUAAAAGUUCUGUAUGAACAUUUUUCUUGUUCUGCCUGGAAAAACUGCAGCUGACUUGAUAAAAUGUAAAUUGGAGAUUACCAAUUAAGGUUUGGCAAAAUAUAAGAAAUUGAGUAGAAAGUAUUCCUUUUGAGAAUUAGAUUAUAUGUUUCAGUGCAGUAAAGUGUUUAUGAUGAAAACUGUACAGUUUGAUCGUUUGUUUG